ACGACCAGCCGUGCCAGUGCUGCCAACACUACAUAAAUACCCCAGCUAGACUUUUAACAUCCAUUGGCUCCCUCUCUCCUUCUCUAUUCCUCCACACCCAAACUACGCCACGGCCCGUCUCUUCACGCCCAUAACGCAUAUACCUUUCCCCUUUUUCAACUCUAUCAACUGAACAUAAUGCCCCCCAUGCGCGUCCUCGCCGGUCCUGGACUUGAUUCCCUUGUUCCAAUAACAGACAUAGUGAACACCGGUGCUUCGCACUCUAUCACGUCCGAUUUGUUUGAGGGGGAGGUGGCGGUUAACAUCAAGGGGUUCACUGAUCCAGACGGACAUGUUCUGGACAGCGAGUACUUCAAUCGAGAGGAACGCAAGGGAGUUACAUGGAGUAUACAGGUCCAGGGCAGGUUCCUGCAGACGUACUCUGCGGAUGACAUCCUUUUUGGAAACACCUUUGAUAAACCAUUGAAAUUGCCUUGGGGUUCAGGAGCUGCGCUCAAAUUCAUGAAAUUUGUAGACCCAACGAUGGACCAUGACCUUGCAUCUCCAACAAAACCAUGGGCACUUUCCCCAUUGAUUUCUACGAUGCCCUACUUUGCACAUGCAAAAAUGAACUAUAAUGACGACAAAAGCUCUCUUGUUGCACCAUUCCCAGCGGAGCAAUCUCUGAUGGACGACACUUCUCAGCUGACAAUGGCCACCGUGAACUCGCUUGAUGACAGUCCAGCGUCAUCAGCGUCAUCGUCAUCGUCCUCCCUUUCAUCGGCUACAUCGUCCACCUCUACUACCUCAUCAAAGAAAAUGUUGGACCUGGGGCGCAAGAAGAAGGAACCUAGGAUGGACAACUUGACUACGGCGGCGGCUCGCAGGUCUUAUUUCCAUGAAACCAAUAAUCGAAGAAAAGUUAUAUUUGGCCCCGAAGAUGUUAUAACGACAGAUUUCUGUUAUGGAUUUCUGGAAUUCAGCCCAGGGCUGUCGUUGCGCCUACCAGGUGGCGUUUCCUUUGAUUUGAUGAAAUACUGGGACGGCCAGCCUGUUAGAUUCGUAUGCUGCGAAAGAAAAAACAGCCCAAACUCGGAUGUGGUUAAUGGUGAUUCUAAUGAGGAUCCUUGGGGAAGAAUAUUCUGGUGUAUAGCUAUUGAGCCGGCUUUCACUACCGAGGAUGAAAAUGUAGCUCAGGGCGUUGAAUCAGCAUAAAAGCUUCACGCAUUGUGUAUGAUUAUAAUGUUAUUCAUCUGCAGGUUCAGGUUGUACUUAAGUAUCGAUUCUGGUGUAGUUUAUUGUCAUUACCUUAUUCUAUCUAAAAUUGUACAUGAUUUUGUGAUGUAAACGAUGAGUUGGAAGUCUAGCUAGCAAGGAAUUCUUUGUCGAUGUAUUGUGAUCGAGAGAAUAAUGCGUGAAUAGUUCCUGCGUCCUCCUACCAUAUGGAUAUAUUGGUUGUCGUGCCCAAAGUCAAGAGUUUUGAGUGUGCUUGGAAAAAGAGUGUGUUUCAGAAAACGUGAUAUAUAUUUGUGAGAGUAACGAGGCGGAGGUGUUUAAAGAAGUCGAGGAUAGCAUGAAGGCGCCUCACAAGGCAUAGGAGGGAAUAGUGUCAUUAUCUAAAUCCAAGCCAUGUGUCUCUCCAGGAGCACGGAUGCGACUAGCGAGAGAGGCUCGCGAAGGGUAAGUUUCCAGUCUAUCAAUUAAUUCAAGGAAGACAUCUGAAAGGUUCCGAUUAUUUCGUUGUAGAGUGCUGGUAUCGUCCAAUCAUAGGCAGUGCGAGCGGCAUACGAGACACAGGGAAAAUAUCACCGAUGUGUCUGACGAUGCGAUGCAAAUAGGAAGACUAGAAGGCACUGUCUUUCCACUACAAAGAGAAAGUAAAAAAAGAGAAAUGAUGCCAUCAAUGACUGAAGUUUCCACUUUCGCGAAAAAGGGUGCUCACCUGGCGUAUAAUUUCGGGUAGAAUGAUGUGAUACUAGGUGGUCGAAGUGCCUCAGUGAAUACCACGAAGAUGCGCAAAAUUGAGCGGUGUCAACUCGGUAUUGUAUCUUCGCUGUGCCCAAAUAGUAAGACUGGCUUCUGAGGCUUGGGACGUGAUGAAAUUGCUUUGAAGAUAUGAUAUCAAAGGACAUAUACACAGCUAUUUCAUCUUUAAGAGCCGAAUAUAUCGAAUACAAGAAGUUGAGGAAGUUCUGCUGCAGUGCUCGAUCCAAGAAUGCUGAUAACAUCGAUGGGAGU